UUUGAAAAUUCUCACAGGAUGUUGAAUUGUGAUGUCGUCACUUUAGGACUGGGGACCACCAGCGAUGGAUAAGCUAGGAGCCUCGUCAAAUGACAGAACAAGUUCUCACUUAUGUAUUUUAUGAGGUAGGUAGGUGUGCCAGACCUGCUUUUAUUAGGUGUGGGUUUUUUUGCCAGAAUAAAUACACAUCUACUCACAAUUUCGAAGCAGCGCUAGCCGCAGGAGGACAGAUCCUGCAGCUGAGGAGCAGGUAGCCCGGCGGACAGAACCGGCAUCUCGCCAUGGCCACCGCGCGCUUCCCCGGGAAGAGUGUGGACGUGGCUGCCGCCAACUGGACACCUCCAGCGCUGGGCCGGCCAGUGUGUGUCAACGGGACGCCUUGGAUCCUUUACCUGCUGGAGGAGUGUGUGGAUAAUGUGUGGGAGUACUGCAGCGUGGUGAUAGGACUCAUAUCCAUGUUCUGUUUUCUGCUGUCCACUCUGCCGCAGGUCUAUGAGGCGUAUCGGAACGGUAAAGUGGAGGAGGCCAUGUCUUUUGGCUUUCUUUUCUUCCUCUUCAGUGGAGACUUGACCAGCUUUGCAGGCUGCUACCUCACCAGCCAGCUGCCUAUUCAGGUAGUCACCGUGGUGUUCUACAUCUUCACAGACCUGAUCCUCAUCUCACAGUUUCUCUACUAUAAGAUCAAAAACAACUCCAGCAGAAAAAGCCCUGUGUUAAAGUGGCUGUGCUUCAUGUGGUGUGGCGCUGCUACCUUAGUUCUCCUGGCUUUACCCAAACUCAUCAUUGACAACAGUUCAACUUUAGACACCCAGAGUCCAACUACCUCUAAAUCAGUGGAAAUCACUGGCUAUAUAUGUGGAUACCUGGCAUCCAUCUUCUACCUCUGCUCCCGUUUUCCCCAGCUUUAUAAAAAUUUCCAGCGUCAGUCUACAGAGGGCACCUCUUACCUGUUGUUUGCCCUGGCCAUGAUGGGCAAUGGAACAUAUGGGUUGAGCGUCAUCGUGGUCCUGCCUGCACUGAAGGGCUCCAAACAGACCUUCAUCAUCAAACAUCUGGCCUGGCUCAUCGGCAGCCUGGGAGUCCUCAUACUUGACUUCUUUGUGACUGCCCAGUUCAUUGUGUACAGGAAAAACAACUCUGCUAAAAGCAGCACACUACUCAGUGUCCCAGAGGUGGAGCCUCUACUGUGUGAGGAAAUGGAACUGUCACUGUUAUAGGACACAGAAUGGACACCGAAAUGGACCACGCAGUCGAGAAUGGACUGCUCAGUCUACGUUUUUUUUUUUUUAAACAUUCUGUGGAUUCUCUGUGGUAAUUUUUUUACUCAUAACAACUUUAGAGAACAACGACAUUUUAGAAGCAUUGUAGAAGGUACCAGCAGCCAUGAUGUUAUACCAGCAGGCAAUUCCAGUGCGCCUUGAUAGUCUUGAUUGAUUUUUUUUUUGCUGUUAAAAGGGAAAAAAAUGAUCAACUCUUGUAUGAUUUACUGUGGUGAUAAGGCAGGAAAAGCUGCAGAACAUAUCUGGUCAAUACAUUUUUCUUAACACAGGAAUUAAUUCUUUAGUGUCCUCUAUAGAGGAAAUUUGCUUUCACAAUCUGUACACAAGCAAACACAAGUCUGUGACAGUGCACCCAGGCUAUGUAAGGCAGGAAUGGCUAAGGGCACAAAAACAUGUCUCUCUGUUUCUCUCUCUAGGUAGGCGAGUUAAGAUCAAUUACAUGUUUUUUUCUGGUUAGAAAUACUGUCAUUUUUGAUACAUUUCUCCACUGAGAUUUCUUGAUUUUGUUUUGGAUAACUGUAUUUUUAUUGGCCAUUGGGGACCAUACACACCCAGAGGAAGAAGCUUAAUGCCAGACGACUCUUUACAAAUGCAAGCUUUAUGAAAAAAAAAUGAAGUGCCUGUUAUAUUUACACAUUUUUGACAGGGUAAAUACUGAUGUAGAGGAUUACUAGGAUGCAUUGUAUGGGGAUUUAAGUUUUCUUGCCUGAUUUGGUAUUUGAGUGCCAUUAAUUGCAGAGUUUGUGAGCCCAGUAAUAGACGUACCAACACAACUGUUUUUAUGUGAAGUUCAUAGUUUUUUUUUCCUGGUUGUUGAUUUGUGUAUGGUUAACUGUGGCUAACAGGAAAUUGUCACGAGCUAAACAUCAGAACACUAGACUCAUAGUUUGUAUGACAUGAAAUAGCCAGGAUGUGAAUGUGAUGUGAUGUGAUGUCCCACCACCUGAAUAAUGUUCAUUUAAUUUUGUAUAACGGCCUCUUUUCUAUUUCAAAGAGAUGUUGCAUUUCUCUGCUUUACACGUUGUUUGUGCCUUUUUUAAAUGAAAUUCAGUCUUGAUAUAAAUGCACUGUCUAUUAAUUUUAGAACUAAAUUAUUUUUAAAUUAAGUUUAAUUUCGUAACUAUUUACAGUGAUUUAUUAUAGCCACUGUUUUUCAUGGAAAAUGCAAUGAAAUGCUUUCUCUUUUUUUACCUUCUCUUAUUCCUACAAUUUGAUCUGUCUCUGUAUUGUGAGCAGUAUUGACCAUUUUAAAUAAUGGUGGCCUCUUUUGUAAAAUCUUCAUGACAUUCAAAAACAUUCAUUAAAGAAGACAUGACUUGGUCGAUAAUAUAUUUUUAGAUGGAUCUAAGAAUAUGAACUUUUUAUUAAUUGGAUGUUAUUGAAGACUUAUUGAAGUAAUGAGGCUCAAAAUUACAACAUUUAAGAUGUGCUUCUACUCUACUCUGUCAUGUCUGCUUAAAGCAGAGAAGAUGCUCUUGUGAAGUCAAAUUUAAAACACUUUUUUCUUAUUAGUUUCAUUACCAUUGUUCAUAUAGCAACAAAAAACAAAUAGAUGACAACAAACCAGAGGGAAAAUAUAGAACAAAUCGGAACAGAACAAAUCUAAAAGUCUUACUGAUGACAAGCACUUCAAGUUAUUGGACAUUCAUUUAGAUCACUAGCAAAACUAACAGCUCAUCAAUGUCGUGCCAAAUGUUACACAGUAUGUGUGGUGCUGCAAUCUGUCACCUCUGCAUAACUUAGGCGCUGUAUUUGCAGAGAUCUUCACAUUUCUCUACCUAAUUAUAGUGUGGACAUUUUAUUUGUCCCAGUGUGCAGGAAAAGCUGGCUUGCACACAUUCCAUAUAAAAAUAAAAAAAUAUAAUUAAUUUGGUAGCAUCCAAACAACAAUGUUUUAAAAAAUAAUAAUAAUAAUGGCAUAAGUUUAAGUUUAAUCAUAGCAUUAAACUUAAACUGGUCAUUAUCAUCACAAUACCAUGAACAACAUGACUGGCUGUUUUUUUUCUUUUUCUAUUCUUAGCCAGUCAGCUGAUGCAAUAAUGUUUAAUUAUGUAGAUAUUGGGGGAUUUGUUCUGACUUUGUUUACUGAGAAGGAAAUUUAUUUGCAAAUAUAUGCAAUUAGAGUUUAAAAUUUUCACCAAUAGAUUGCGUUUUUGCUAAUUAUUUUUGUAUUGCACGAUUCAUACUUUGAUCCCUUUUCAAUUCCUUUUAAAUUAGUCUGAUAUACUUUUUCAAUCUAGCACAAUAAAAUACAUUUUUAUUGUAUAUAUUAUUACUGAAUACUGUAGAACAUGUAGUAUUUAUAAGACUGUAGUUUUUACUUUAAUGGUCACACUGUAUUGCUAUGAUGUAUUUAUUUUCUUUAAAUUAUAACAAUCUUUUUUCAGAUAAACUGUACAUGGCCAAAUAUAUAGUAAUUUGAAGCUCUGUGUCAGGGUAUGUUUACUGACAAUGUCUUCUGAUAUUUAGUGUAUGUAAAACCACUGUAUUUAUGAUAACUAUGUAUAUUAA